AAACCCCUGGAGAUGAGAUAAGAUGGGAUGAUGACCACAGAUUGAUAUGGAAGGAAAGGAACGGAAGAAGGCAAAGCUCACCACCUCUCUCUCUCUCUCUCUCUCUCUCUCAUGCUAGCUGAGCUCCACCACUACCACGCGUGGCCUCCAAUAUCAAUGUCUUUGUCUCUUCACAAUAGUGCUUAAUUAAUAGAUAUAUCUAAUAACAAAUUAUGUAUACAAGUUUUCUUCCAAAAAAAAAGAAAAAAAUUAUGCAUACAAGUUUUAUGGUACAUUAUUUUUUGGUUGAUUUGAUGAGUGUACCCACGGUUAUAUAGUGAAAAACAAUGCAAGUUUCUUUGGCUUAGCACCAGGAACCGCCAGGGGAGGAGCGUCAAGAGCACAUCUAGCGGUGUACAAAGUAUAAAGGACUACGAUGGGAGGUGAUCUGAAGCAGACAUUCUUGCAGAUGAUGCUUUGCACGACGGAGUUCACGUGAUAUCAGCGUCGUUUGGAUCAAAGCCGCCAUUUUUGCCACUGUUUGUAUCACUAGCUGCAAUUGGUUCAUUUCAUGCAAUGCAGUUGGGCGUUAGUGUGGUGUUCUCUGCAGGUAAUGAAGGGCCAGACCCCUCACAGGUCACAAACGUUGCUCCUUGGGGAAUUUGUGUAGCUGCUUCCUCCGUUGAUCGAAUGUUUCCAACCCGAAUAAUCCUAUACAAUAAGCUCCUUGUUAAUACAUAUAAAUCAUGGGUUAUACAUGGCAUUACAUGUUAAUUAUGAUACAGUGAUGAAAAAGUCAAAUUUUAAUUACUUUGUUUGAGGUGAUACUCUAAUUUAAUUAACAGUGGGUCACGACCCUAAUCAUUUCGUUUAUAUAUAUUUCAGCACCUUAAUUAGCUGAGUCAUUCAUAAAUCUCCAUUUUUCACAGGGAGAAAGUUUAUUACCACACCUACAAAGGCAAAAUUAGCAGAUGCAAUCAUAUAUUUAGUUAAUGAGUGACCUCUCUCUCUCUCUCUCAUAAUUUUCCAUCUGAUCUAUUAAUCACUUGUUAAUUAUGUAAUUUAUUAAAUUAAAAUGCAGGUUUUGCAGGCCAGGGAAUUGGAUAAAAUCAAAGUUUGCGGUUCGAAGAGUAAUUCUAUGCUUCUCAAGUAUAGGACCAUUGAGGCAAGCAAAAGCAGCUGCCAAGAAAGCGAAUGCAUCGGGUUUGAUCUUUGUGGAAUCUGUGACAAGGCAGGUUGCCGUCGACAUCAUCCCCUCAGUCCAUGUCAAUCUUCCAUGUAAGUCGCUCUCCAGCAGCGCAGUUAACUGCACUUUUUUAAAAUAUAGAUAUGUUCUCGAUAUUAUUGAUAUUGUCAGUACUUCAAACUAGUUGUUGGUAAUGUUGUCGACAAAUUUGACUGCACUUAAAUUCGUGACAUGUGUUAAUACUGUGUACUAUACCACAAUACCACGCACGAAACCUGUUGUGCGAAGAGAAGCAAGUAAAACUAUUAUCGGUAAGUCUCCAGCGUACUUGUCUUCAAGAGAACCAAGCUCACUUGCACCUGAUAUUCUCAAGGUAUCAAUCUGCAUCACCCUGCGUGUAUAUAUACCAUAAGAUGUACUUCUAUACAGCCGAUCAUACAUACAUGCAUUAUACAGUAACAGAACAUGAUCCACAUUCCCACCUUGACACAUUACAAACAGCCAGACAUAAGUGCUAGGGGUAAAUAUAUUGGCAACAUGGGCUCCUCAAACAUCUCCCAAUUUGACACUUGAUGACAAACUUUCCGUGAGCUGGAAUUUUCCGUCGGGAACAUUAAUGUCAUGCCCUCAUGUGUCCGGAGUCGUUGCCCUUAUCAAAUCUGCACAUCCGAAUUGGUCUCCCGCAGUCAUUAGGUCUACUCUCAUCACCAUAGCCAUUGAUCAUCAUUCAUGUUCAAUUGUCACAACAAACACGAGGGACACAUCCUUUGACAGCAUUCUAGCGGAUGGAUCAACGAAAGCCUCCAUCCCCUUGACAUUGGUGCCGGCCACAUUGAUUGACCCCAUCAAACCGAUGGAUCCAGGCCUCGUUUACGGCAUGAAAACAAGCGAAUACGUUCUAUUCCUCUGCAACAUUGGCUACACCGGUGACCAAAUCAAUCAGAUUUUCUUUGCUCUCCCGGAACUGACACAAGCUGUCCACAAGUACCAACUUCAAAUUUUCAGCAUAAAAUACGCCUCCAUCACAGUUUCCAAUUGCCAAUCUCCAAUCCACCGUGACGAUCAAAAAAAGCGUCCGCAACGUGGGGAAAACUAAGAAUGCGAUUUAUUUUUGUACCGUUUUGGAAACUGAUGGAGUAGAGGUAGAAAUAUGGCCUAUAGUUUUUAUAUUUUCAUAGUUAAAACUAGAAAAUACAUAUUAUGUGAUGCUCAAACCACAGAAAAAGUCUCAAGGGAGAUAUGAAUUUGGAGAAUAGAUUGGUUAGAUGGCUUCCACGAGGUUAGGAGUUCCUUGGUUGUAUCUAUCAACACCAUUUACUGUGACUCUCAUGAAUAUUACAUCAUUGACACUCAUAUAAUCGUUAUUUA